CGAGAUCUUGCUCCGGGACCGCAAGGAUGUGAGGCUGGCGAGCCGGCUACCGCUUGCAGCACCGGAGGGGCGCGCCGCAAGGGCGGGCAGCAGACCUUGGGGACCUCGGGAGCGGAGUCGGACCCCCCCGCCCCGGAGGGAAGAAAUGAGGUAGCGACCGUCCCCGGAGCCGACGAUGCGCGCGCCCCGCCCUCGGCGCCCCACGCUGCCCUGGCGGAGCCAGCCGGGACAGUGAGCCCGCCGAGUCCGAGUCCCUGCGUCCGGCCGGAGCGAAGAUGCAGUGAGCCACCGCCGGAGUGCUGCGCCGGGCCCGCCGCGGCCAGCCGGGGCAGCAUCUGACCGCACUCGGGGCAAGCCGCACAUUCUGGGAUCAACCCCGCCGAGGGGCUCUCGGUUUCCAGCACCCCCUGGGGGAGGGAGCCCGGACCCCUGGGCACACUCGCUAUCGAGUUUCCGCUCUUUCUAGUUCCAGCCUUGGGGAGUGUGUGUGUGUGUGUGUGUGUGAGAGAGAGAGAGAGAGAGAGAGCGCGAGCGAGCGCGAGCGAGCGCGGGGGCCCUUUCCAGGUUCACCGAGGAGUUCCUGCAUAUUCUCGCCCCGUCCCGGCUGCUUUGGCUGGGGCUCCCUCUGCGCGCGCGCAUCUCUUUUUAACGUUCCACUCUGAUUUCGUCUUUCUCUCAAUUUGCUUGCCUAAGACUCUUUGCGCUCGUCCUUGCCCUGGCUGGGGUAAAUCUGUGCACGCUCCUCCCCGCCCUCCCCCCCGCCCCCAACUCGCAGCUGAUUAUUUUGUUCUCUUUUAAAAUUUUAACCCGUACCCACUUCGGCGGGGUCCCUGAGGACGAUACUCCCUAAGCCCCUCUCUACCAGUGGGCCACUCCCAGCUUAGUUUUAUUUUUCUGUCUUGCCCGGGCCGAGCCCGGCCAGGGCGGGUGGCUCAACGGGGCUCGUACCUGGCGCUCCGUCGCCGCCGCCCAGCUGCGCGGGGGCGCCCUCCGGAGAUGCUGCCGUGGAAGAAACACAAGUUCGAGCUGCUGGCCGAGGCGCCGCCACGGCAGGCGUCCAAGCCUAAGGGCUACGCGGUGAGCCUGCACUACUCGGCGCUCAGUUCGCUGGCGCGGGCGUGCCCCGAAGGCGCGCUCAGCCGGGUGGGCAGCAUGUUCCGCUCCAAGCGCAAGAAGCUGCACAUCACCAGCGAGGACCCCACUUACACUGUGCUCUACCUGGGCAAUGCCACCACCAUCCAGGCGCGCGGCGACGGCUGCACUGACCUAGCGGUGGGCAAGAUCUGGAGCAAGAGCGAGGCUGGUCGUCAGGGCACCAAGAUGAAGCUGACUGUGAGCGCGCAGGGUAUCCGCAUGGUGCAUGCCGAGGAGCGCGCGCUGCGCCGCCCGGGCCACCUUUACCUACUGCACCGCGUUACCUAUUGCGUGGCAGACGCGCGGCUGCCCAAGGUCUUCGCCUGGGUAUACCGGCACGAGCUCAAGCACAAGGCGGUAAUGCUGCGCUGCCACGCGGUGCUGGUGUCCAAGCCCGAGAAGGCUCAGGCUAUGGCCCUGCUGCUGUACCAGACGUCGGCCAACGCGCUGGCGGAAUUUAAACGGCUCAAGCGGAGGGACGAUGCGCGUCACCAGCAGCAGGAGCUGGUGGGCGCGCACACCAUCCCGCUAGUGCCUCUGCGCAAGCUGCUCCUGCACGGACCCUGCUGCUAUAAGCCACCGGUGGAACGCAGCCGCAGCGCGCCUAAGCUGGGCUCCAUCACCGAGGACUUGCUCGGUGAACAGCAGGAGCAGGAGCUGCAGGAGGAAGAGGAAGAGGAGCGCACGGAGAGCUGCCUGGAGGAGGAGGAGGAGGUGGACCGUGCUGAGGAGGGGGACGCGGCAGCGGAAGAGGCCGAGGCGCAGCGAGCGCUGGUGGUGGCCAUGCACUUGGAAUGCGGGGACUUGCUGGACACACUGGAAAGUGGCCGCGAGGAGGCACUAGGGGGUGGCGGGGUCUCCCUGGGCCCUGGGGCUGGGCCGCCGCCUCUGCUGCUGGGCAGCGCCUCGGACAUGAAGGCCGAGCUGUCUCAGCUUAUUAACGACCUGGGAGAACUCAGCUUCGGCAACGACGUGCGCAGCCUGCAGGCCGACUUGCGGGUGACGCGCCUGUUGUCCGGCGAGAGUACCGGCAGCGAGAGCUCCAUCGAAGGCGGGGGCCCGGACGCCACCUCCCCUGCUACCGCAGCGGACCGGUCGGGUCCUAACGACGGCGCCAACCCAGAGGAGCCCCACUCGGGUUGAGAUCUCAGCAGCCCCCUGCGCGCACCUCUCGCGCCCCACCGUGACUCCCCACCUGUCUUUUGGACAACGCACAUCUCCUCCGUCCCCCGCCCGCCCUCAGGAAAGGGGAAAUGGGACACUUGAGGCCCAGAGUUACCCUGGCCCUCUCCUUCAGCACACUUGGCUCUGUUUGAAGCGGGGCUCAGGUUGCGUGUGGAGAUGUGCGAGAGGUCAGACUGCAUGGAGGGAGAGACAGGGCUGGGGGCGUGAGGGUGGAGGGCAGGCAGACGGUGAGAAAAGGGCCCGCUGGUUAGCAAGGGAUGCCUGCCAGCUGGCCAGUUUCCUGUUUGUGGGGCAGCUGGGGCCUGAGGAAGAGGGGUUAAUUUCCUCCCCUGACCGGACCCAGUAACAGGGAGCGGCCUAGCGCUGUCAUUGACAUGUCAUUAAAAAACAUUUUCUCUCUCUCUCUCUCUCUCUCUCUCUCUCUCGCAACGUUUUAGGCUGUAAUGCCACCUCCUUGCCCCCAGUCUUUUUGGUGCGAGAGCUUGGGUUGUUUACCUCAGACUCAGACCCUUGAAAUUCUGCCAAAUUCCUCAAAUAAUUGUUUGGGGAUGGAGGUGGGGGAAAAUGGAAGAAAGUUGCAUUUUGUUUACAGUUAAAGACGUCUAAUAUCUUUAAAACAACAAAAAAGGAGUUUUCCUUUAAAAACACUCCUUCUGCUCAAAAGAUCUCCCUCCAUGAUACUGUGUAAAAUAUUUUGCACUGUUGUGAAGUAUUUUUGACAUUUUUUUUUUGUAUAUAACUGUGUUCCCAGAGCUAAAUGUUUAUAUCUUUUGCUGUGCAAAAGGGACAUGUAAAAUGUUGUUCAGCUGUAUAUACAGAAAUGGGUAUAAAACAUUUUGUUAUUUUUUAAGAGUAGCACUGCUCUGGUUGUGUUUGCACGCCAGUGGGGAGAGAAUAAAGAGGACAAUGUCACAGAACAGGUGAGCGUCUGGAAGUGCUGCUGAAAAUUCUGGGGGGCCACAGGGCUGGAAGAGGGCCUGGCCAUUGGUGCCAUGGCGCGGUAGGACAGGGUUUGGCCUUCACGGUGCUUGGAGGUGAUUCCAGAACCCGCUGUUUGCGUAGUCCAGGGCCUCUGUCGCUCUCCAGCAGGGUGGGCGCUGCGGCUGGGGCCAGCCCUUGCUUUCUCUUUGAGCCUAUCCUCCCAUAUUCUUCAUGCAGUAAACUGUGGCGGUGUGGACUUUCUGGUCUCUCGGAGUUAAUUCUUGGAGGUACAGGGUGAGUUCUGUUCCUCACUCUCAGACUUGUGAGGUAAUUUAGGAAGGAGUGACUUUCAAGGUCUUCUGAGGUUUUACCACCUUCUUCUGUGGGUCACCUUUUCCCUUACAAACAGCACAAGGGGCUUUAAAGAUCAACCGGAGACCUCAAGAAAGUGUCCUGGGGCUCUGUGAGGAGUGGGGCCAUCUCUGUUUUUCCUGGAGGAAAAUCAAGAGAGGGGAAGGUUGGUAAGUUCUGAUCAUGGCGCGAAUGAGUCAUGACGCAGGUGGGGCCGGUGGGGAGGCCAGCGGAAGAACCUAUUUCCUUCCCUUCUACAACCCAGCGUGACCCAGUGGGGGAAUAGUGUGGAGGUCAAGGCAGACAAGAACUGGUAGAGCUUGGGGUGUGUGUGUGUGUGUGUGUGUGUGUGUGUGUGUGCAGGCUUUCUGUGAGCUUGUUUCUGUUGUAAACUCCAAACAGAUGUCUCUGGUUUGGCUAUACCCGAUCAGCCGGAAGUUGUAAUGAGACACUGCCAAAACUGUGCCUUCCUCAAAUUAUUUUCUUCCCUUUGCCCCUUUGGGCUCCAUUUCCUGUGUUGCAGAAAUGAUCCCGCUUCUGGCCUUCCAUGCUGUCCUGAGGCCGUUCUGUUUUUGUUUUCGUCGUAAUUAUGUUUUGGACAGCUAGACCCACAGAUCCUGAGGAGUCUGGAAUUUGUUAGAACCAUAGAGGGAUGGUGAAAGAUUGUCUUCCUAAUUAACAGAGUUGGUUUGGGCAUAAGAUUAACUUGAGAAACGUGGGGCGCUUGGGUGUCUCAGUUGGUUAAGCGACUGCCUUCGGCUCAGGUCAGGAUCCUGGAGUCCGGAUUGAGUCCAGUAUCCGGCUCCCAGCUCCACCGAGAGUUGGCUUCUCCCUCUGACCUUCUCCCCUCUCAUGCUCUCUCUCACUUGCUCUCUCAAAUAGAUAAAUAAGAUCUUUGAAAAUAAAGAAAAGAUUACCUUGAGGAACGAAAAGCAAUGUGUAAGUGGGUGGGAAAUAACUAAAAAAAUACUCAGAUUCACUUUUUAAGGGCAUUAAGACAAGGUCCAGGCUUUUGAAUCUUAUAUUUUGGUUUGAUUCAGAGUCCCUACCCCUCUGCCCAAAUACCUCAGAUAUACAUCAUUGCAUGAGCUUUAAAACCCCCAUGUAGAGAGAGGUCGGGAGAGUCUAGUCCUCCCCUCCCCAGAUACUCACACCAUGUGCUUUCUGUACAGCUCUCACCAGCCUGGCAGGCAGCUGUGUGGCCCAUCACUAUCUUGCAUGACUGGAUUUCACAUUUGAAAUUAUUUUCACACAUUGCCAAGUUCCUGUGCUCUUUGAAACAGAUAAGAACAUUAAAGAGGGUGAAGAUCACGUGGCUGGUACAUGGUGGUGGGGCAGGGUCUGUGUGUCUUCACCCCCCCUCCUUUUUUUUAAGAUUUAUUUGAGAGAGAGAGUGUGUGUGAGAGAGAGAGAGAGAGAGAGAGAGGGAGAGAGCGAGAGAGUGGGGGGAGGGGCAGAAGGAGAGAGAAUCUCAAGCAGACCCCACUGAGCACGGAGCCUGAUGCCGGACUCCAUCUCAUGCCCCUGAGAUUAUGACGUGACCCGAAAUCAAGAGUUGGGCAUGUAACCAACUGAACCACCCAGGUGCCCCUGUGUGUUUUCAUUCUUAACCAGUUAAUGGUUUAAUGCCAAUGCCAAGGUUGGCUUUUAUCUGUGACUGAUGGGGGUAGGGCGAUUGGUCAGAAAGUGCAGACAAAUGACAUUUAAACCAACACCAUCAAUAAAUGGAAGGCAACUGUUUCUUUAA